UGCAGCUACCCACGCUCUGAUUUCCCAAACAAUGAGCUCUGUUAAUCACAUGCAACAAGUGCAGGGAGACUCCAGAUCCUCUUGAACACCGGCGGCUCCAUCGCUGUGGCUCUUUGUCUUGUAAAGCACAGCAUUAACAUCAGAAAGAAGAACAAAGCAUGGGGAUGAUGUUUGCGUUGCCCAGCAACACCAUCGCUUCUCUUCACUAUAUAACAGUGAAAUGUCUGCAUCCGUUUGUCAUCCCUGGUUUGAGGACAGGUUACGAAACCUGCCCACAACUCCUGAGGGAUGACCUCUGUUCACUUCCAUCCAUAAACUAGAAUAAUGCUGAAGGCGGAGGAGCGAACUGGUACUAAGAUCCUCCUGGAGGCGAUGUCCCAGGACAAGAUCCACCUGGCCAGGUUCGUUCUGGACGCACUAGAUGGAGGAAUUGUGGAUUCCAAAACCGAGGGCGCACAGACCCCUCUCAUCUCAUCCAUUUUCCUGCCUGAUGACAAGGUUCGAUGUAAGUUUGUGGAGCUGCUUCUGCAGCGAGGGGCCAGUGUCAAUCAUCAGGACGCAGACGGACGCACUGCGCUGAGUUACGCAUGUGAGAAAGGCUACCUGGACGCAGUCAAGAUCCUGGUCCGGAACAGUGCAGACCCGGAGAUUGUGGACGUGUGGGGGAACAGUGCACUAAUGUAUGCCGCAGUCGGAGGCCACUCCCACAUUGUCGACUUUUUAGUUAGAGCUUUCAAGAGGCUGGGUCUGCAGAUAGACAGACAGAAUAAAGUUGGGAACUCUGCUGUUCACGUGGCAAAGUUUCUCGGCCACGUAGACUGUUUCUUUGCACUCACUAACAAGAAGGGCCACGAGGCUGAGGGAUGCGGCGAUGUCAAUUACAGGUUUCAGAAGAAAGUUGGACAUUUAGUGAAUAAACUUGAAGCUCUCCAGACUUCUGCUCCUGGUAAUAAGAUCACAGUUCAAAGGUGCGGCAGGAAGCCAGGGCAUGGGAUGAAGCAGAGUCAUCUGCCACGGAUGGACUCCAUAGAAGAGUUUGACACACAGAACGGAGACUCCUCUGUGCCUCCACAUGAGCUGGUCUUCCUCACCCCUAAACCCCCCCUACGGACCUCUGACCAGCUCCCCUUCUCUAAGCGCAUCACAUCUGGGGGCAGAGGUGUCACCACCGAUGAUCUGCUCCCUCCUCUUAUCUCAUGCAGUGAGUCCAAAAACAGGGUUUUCUUCUCUCCCCGACCGGCCAGAAACUGUGUGAAGCGCAGCGCAUCUUCUGCCCUGAACAUCUUACUGACUCCUAUUGCUGCCAAUAAAAGUGACGAUGAGCUGCGAACAGAAAAACCAAAAGCCGUAGACGUCGGCGCUCGCAGAUUUCAUGACAACUAUCAGAAAAGGUUCAGUUUGCCAACUACCCUUCUCAGCCCUGCGCCACCGGAACGCACUGUGGUGCCUUUGCGUAAAUCCAGAGCAGUGAGGAGGUGCACAGCUUCUCCCUCUGUGGUAGAACUUCUCCAGUUGGCCAAUCCAACUACCACCUCAUCUCCAACUUUCUCUGUGUUAAGCAACAAACUCUUGCGCCCAUUUACAUCCCCGGAGUUUAAAAAGGACGUGAAAGAGAUGGAGCAUGGUCCGGAGUUUACUUCAGUGCGGAUUCCGCGAUCGGAGACAUUUCCCCAAGACAUUAAACAUCCCCUGGUGGGCAGUAAACCCAGCAUCGACAGCAUCAGCUCCGUUAAAUGCGAGUUUGACUUCCAGUGCAGAAUACCCAACUCUAGGCAUCCCUCCUCUCUCUCCUUUUUCCUUUUCACUCACCCGCCUCCCCUCUCUCUCUUCCCUGCUCUCUCUCUCUUUUCUUUCCGUGGGUUCGGCACACGCUGCCCUGUCACUAAGCCCCUGUUUCCAGCGUUGGGGAAGCUGAUAGAAAUGGGACGACUCGGUUUCAGCACCACGGAGAGCGCCCGACUUCUGCUAUUGAGUGUGUUCGGUGUGCUGGCGCUGUCCGUGGUGCUGGCGGAACAGGAGGGAGAGAACCUGUCCGGACUCUCCAACAACCCAGACAAAGCCAUCUUCGCCGUCCGGGAAAACGGAACAACAUGCCUGAUGGUGGAAUUCGCCGUUAAGUUCCUCGUGCCAUAUGACGUGCUCGCGCUCAAUGGCAUAGACUUAAUCACCGAACAGGCAUCGUUCACUUUGCCCCGUGGUGCAGAAAUCGAGGGAAAAUGUGGGGUCACGGAGUCAGAGAUUCACAUCACCUGGAAGAAUAAGGCGUACACCCUCCGCAUCUACUUCUCUAAGGAGUUCCGUGACAAGGGCAUUGAGGUGUGGAAAAUCAGCAAGGUCCAGUUCGUCUACGACACCUCAGAAACAUCACAUUUCAUCAACGCAUACAACCCUGGAAAGCACACAGCCAGCACCCACCGCCUGUCAGCCCUGGUGACCCCUGCCGGGCGCUCCUUCGUGUGCACAGCACAACAGACCCUCACCCUUAUCUCCAGUGACCACCAGAAGGGCAUCACUGUCUCCAUGUAUGACAUUCAGAUCCAACCCUUCGACAUUUCCUCGGACUUCAUGUUCAGUGAACCCUACAAGUGCAUCACUGAUCAGCGGGAGCGCCUGGAGGAGACUCUCCCCCUUGUUUUAGGCCUCAUCUUGGCUCUCAUUAUCGUCAUCACGCUCACCGUCUACCACUUCCACCUGAAGCUGACGGCGAGCCAACCCCAGCUGCCCAGAGACCGCUCCAUGUACAAGAAUAUGUAGUGUGUGCACAGGUGACUCCCUCAGCUCUCCUCAAUGCUCCUCGAUGUCCCAGGCCCAACACCUCAGAGUCGACUGCCCCGCUCUGGACGGACUUGCCUGCUUGACUGAGAUUUACAUGUGUAGCCUGUACUCUAGGCCCUUUGGUUAGCAACAAUUACAACAGAAAGUAUGGGACAGCUUGGGGCAUUCUAAUAUUUUGGGCCUAGCAUGGAUGUAGUUGUGGGAAUAAACCUACCAAAACCUACUUUACCCAGUUGAAUCUUAAUGCCAUAAAUCCAUAGUCAGCGUUACAAUGACUAGACUUUUAUCAAUAAAAAAAAACAUGCUUUUGUGAGAAUAUAAUUUAUUUUUUCAAACUAGUAGUAGUUGUUUGUCAACGUUACAAAAUCACAAAUUUGAGCUUUUAGUUUAUCAUCUUAUCUAAUAACGUCACAGGAGCCGGGUUUGUUUUUAAUCAAACUUCUCUUUGAAUGAAAUGUAUGAAUUGCCUGAGCUUCUGCUGUCAUUUACCAACUGUUUGUCGUCUUCUCCGCACUCUCUUUCUGAAAUUUCUGCUCAAUAAUUUCAACACCUACUGUUGGUUCAGUAUUUGCUGAUCUUCUCUGUUGGGAUCUACACUCCCUGUCGUUUCAUUUCUGAAUGCAGCCAUAGUGUUGACAGUGGACAGUCUUGUAGUGUAUAGUGCAGUGGCAUUCAAAGUCAUUAUGAUUUGCAGUGUUACAGUUUUUGCUUUGACUUAAAUCUUUUCUGUACACAGAUGUAUGAAACAUAUCAAAAAAAAAAAAAAGAAAACACAAAACACUUGACAGAUAUUCUGUAUUGAUAGUCAAGACAUGACCUGAAUGCCAUAUGAAAAUGUUUAUGAAAGUAACAAGAGGUUAUUGAAUUUAAAAAAAAAUGUGUAUAGUAUUUUCAGAAACAAAGUCUAUGCAUAAACUUCUGCUGAUGCAAUCCUGUGCAGUAUUCUAUUCACUCAAAUAAAUUGCUGGAAUCAU